AUGAAUGAAACACAAGAAGUGAUCCAACAAUGGAUGACAACAACCAACACGUGUUUGAGAGCCCAGUCUUCAGGUGUGGAGUCACUGACUCAUUUGUUUCAACACUUGGAUCAACACAUGAAUGAUCUCGAGUUGGGAUCAGAUGUCAAACAAGAACCCGAAGAUAAUUGUGUGGAACCGAUGAAUACAGGAAUACAGACAAUAUUGAACACCACUUCAAAGCCAUCGACAUCUCAGUCAUCACAAGAGAUGGUAAAUAAAGACAAACAAAAACACCAAUUAAUGAAUGGGAAGAGUAGUGAAGACUCGAUGGAAAUGCCAUCAAAACAAUUGAUAUCUAAAAGCAAUCAAAAGUGUUGUCUGAAUGGCAGUCAAGUCUUGAGAAAAGGCGAGACAUUUAUCCGACACUUAUCGCACAAAACAGAGACAGAGUUUCGUUGUCUACACAAUGGGUGUCAAUACAAAACGAGUUAUAAACCAGAUUUAACACAACACGUGAUAUUCAUACACUCAGCCGACGAUUACAAACUGGUUCUGAAGGCAUUAAGUGAUGUUAAAAGCCAGCCGUUGUCCGAAAUGCCAUCAAAACAAUGCCAACGAAAGUGUUGUCUGAGAAAAAGCGAGACAUUUAUCUCACACUUUCGUUGUCAACGCCAUUGGUGUCAAUUCAAGACCAGUUGUAAAACUGAUUUUACACAACACGUGAGGACACACUUACAACAACACCGGCUGUCGAAGGCAUUGAGUGAUAUUAAGAGCCAGUCGUCGGCACCUGUUGUCAAACUGACGGCCAAAACAUACAAUGAAAUAAAGCGCUGCCAAUGGCCCGGAUGUCAGUAUAUGGGACCCAAUCUGAGUAGUCAUAAACUGGUCCACAACAGUGUGAGGCCACACGCGUGCCAUUGGCCACAAUGUGGCAAAAGGUUUAACACUAAAAGUGGGCUCAAAAUUCACACAAAUAGACACAACAAUAUUAAGCCAUUUGCGUGCGAUUUACCCGAUUGUGGCCAACGGUUUGUCACUAAACCUCAACUCAAUCUUCACACUAAUAAACACAACAACGUGCGGCCAUUCGGCUGCGAUUGGCCAGAAUGUGGCAAACGGUUUACCACUAAAGACGUGCUUAAAUAUCAUAUGAAUGGUCACAAUAACGUGAAGCCAUACGCGUGUGAUUGGCCCGCGUGUGAGUACAGAACCGGUCAUUUACCGAAUAUUAGCAAACAUCUAAUACAAGUCCACAAAAUGUCUGGACACAAAUGGGUCGACAACGGGCCGAUACAAUACCCGUGCGAUUGGCCUGAAUGUGGUAAACAGUUUACUCAUAAGCAAACACUCAAAUAUCACAUAAAUGUCCACAAAAAUGUUAAGCCCUUUGCGUGCGAUUGGCCGGAAUGUGAGUUCAGUAUGUGCACACCGGCGGCGGCCAUAAUAAUAAAAAAACUGUUCGCGUGUUUAUGGCCUGAAUGUGGCAAAGAGUUUGCUUCUAAACCUACGCUCACUGACCACAUGAAUGUCCACAACAACGUCAAGCCGUAUGCCUGCGAUUGGCCUGAAUGUGAGUUUAGGACACACUAUGCGCCUAAUGUUCGGCUCCAUAAGAAACAUGUCCACAAAAUAUAA